AUGACUUCAUUAAAAUUACAAUUAAAUAAACUUGCUGAUGCUCAUACUCAAUGGCAAUUAACUGAUAGUGAAAAUCGUAAACGAGCAUCAUUUCUUUAUGAUCCAAAAGUAGCUUCAACACUUGACCGAGAAACAAUCUAUUGUCUUGGUACAAAUGGUUUUGAAGAACUUUGUUUACUGGAUUCUGGUUUUGAAGAAUUUGAACGUGUACUUUUCAGUGAUACAAGUCUAACAUUUGAACGCAGUAUUCAAACUAAAGAAGUUAAUGAUUCAUUAAAUCUAACUAUUCGACGAUUUCUUAUUCGUCUUUCACCGUAUUUUCUUUUGAGCCCAGCUCAUAAAGCACUUGAAUGGCUUGUACAUCGAUUUUUCAUUCAUUUUUACAAUGUCGAUGAUCUUAUGCGAUGCAUAUUACCCUACCAUGAACAUAAUUAUUUCACACGUGCAAUUCAAAUGUUUCGUUUCAAUGAUAAGCAUAGUGCUUGGAAUUGGCUUGAACCUGCUCAAAAAGCUGGAACAACAAUAUCUGGUAUUGUUAUGGCUAAUCGUUGUGCAACUGAUUUAGGAUUUUUAAAUUUUAUUUGUGAAUCAACGACAAUGGCAGUUCAAGAAUUUGGUUCAAAUUAUUCAUCAUUACGUGUAAUAAUAAAUUUUUAUCUUAAAACACUAUGUUCAACUAUAUUACAUUCAUUAUCACAUAAGAAAAAAAAGAAAAAGAAAAAUUCCAAUGAAGAAAAUUUUAUUGCUCAAUUUAUGCCUUAUUUACUUAAAGGUCUUAAAUCAAAAUGUCUUGAUUAUAAACGAGCAACAUAUUUGAUUCUUUCAAAUUUAUCAAAUAUAUUUACAUUUCAAACUAAUAUUAAAGAUGAAAUACUUAAUAUUGUUUCUAAAGGUUUUUCUGAUGAUUUAAUCAAAGAAAAUCUCUUAAUUAUCUCUGUAUUUCUUAACAAUCAACAUCAUCAAUCAAUACCAGAUCGAUGCUUUCUUAAAUUAUGUCAAAUGUCAAAUAUAAUUGAUGAAAUAUUUCAAUUAACAAAUGAUGUUCGAAUAGAUAAUUUUCUUUGUGGUUGGUUUGAACAAUUACUUAAUCAUGUUUUAAAAGAUAAUAAUCAAAUGGAAACAGAUAAUGAAGAAAAUUUUUCAAUAUUAAUUGAAAAAACAUUAAAUACAAUUAAAUUUAAUUCAAAUAUUUUAAAAUUUAUUAUUAAUUGUUUUAUAAAACAAUUUAAUAAUAAUAAUAAAUAUUUAGUUUCAUUAGCAUCGAUUAUUGAACGAAAAUAUCCAAUUGAUUUCGAUGAUAAUAUUCGACAACAAACUGAAAAUUGUUCGAAUAAUGAAGAACGAAAACGUAUUAGAGAAUUUGCAUCAAUGACAGCAAUUGGAUUUAAACAUCAACCAUUAUCUGAUCGUAGUUCACUUGCUAUUUGUCUUAAUCAUCCACAAUCACAAUUACGUAUUGAAGCUCUACAACGAAUCCGUGAAGGAAUUAUAGCUAAACAAAAUAUUGAAAGAGAAUUUUUAAUUGAUGUUCUUAUAUCACGUUUAAAUGAUAAUGAAGCAAAAGUUGUUAAUGAAGCAAUUCUUCUUUUAGAAGAAUUACAUUUAACUGAUAAUCAACAAAUUAAUGAUAUUUUACAAAAGAUUCUUCAACGUGAAAAUGAAGAUUGGUCAUCAGUUCAACAAUCAAUUGUUCGUUUAUUAGCACUUGAUUCUACGAGUGAAACUAAAUAUCUUCAUCUUCUUUUUCCAACAACAUCAUCUGAACUUAAUUUAUUAAAUAGUCUUUUAGAAAAUUAUAAACAACAAAAACAAAUAUCAUCACCAUUACUUAAAUUAACAAAAAAAAUUUUUAAAUCAACAACAAUCAAUAAUUUAUCGACAACAAUUGAUCGAUUUAUUCAAUCAAUAACAACAAAUGAUGAUCAAAAAAAUAUACUCGUACCAUUAUUACAACAAUAUGAUGAAAUUUUACGUCUUGUUGAACAUUAUCGACCAAAUUGGAUUAAAUUUUCUAUUAUUUAUAUAUUAUUAGGAAUUGAAAUACUUAAACAACAAGCUAAUAAUGAAUAUAUUGAAUUAGCUACAAUUAUAGUUUUUAAACUAUUAAAGAAAUUGUCUCAAGAAAUUUCACCAACUAAUGAUGAAUCUACAGAAAUAUCUGAUAGUAAAACUUUAAUUGAUUUACAUGUAAUUAAAAAAAAUCCAUUAACAUUAACAAAUUAUGAUACUCUUUGGAAACUAUUUAUUCAUGCAUUACCUAAAGGUAAAAAUUCUCUCUCUCUCUCUCUUGUUCUAUCUGCUAAAAUC